AUGAGAGUCUUUCAGAUCGCCCUCCGCAUUUGGGAGUUCGUCUGGACACUGCUCGUCAUGUCCCUAAUCGGAAACAUGAUCGCAGAAGCCUUUGGCGGAAACCCCGCCACAGUCAACUACACCAUGUUUGUCGCGGCCUUCUCCAUGUUCACGCUCUUCUACCUGAUCCCCGCAUCCAUCAACCCAGAUUGGGCGAUCCACCCGAUCAUCAUGGUCGUCCUGGACACCCUGAACGCAAUCUUCUUCCUCACCUCGGCGAUUGCUCUCGCGGCGAGACUCGAGGCCCACAGCUGCGGAAACAGGGAAUACGUCCUGAGCAACGAAAUCACCAACGGCUCGCACAACCCCGAGAAGCGCUGCCGCGAGGCCCAGGCAUCGACUGCCUUCCUCUGGUUCGCGUGGGCUGGGUACACGGCAUCCAUGGUUAUUUCGAUCCUGAUGUCCCGCCGCACCGGCGCCAACCUGCGUCCUCGCGUCGGCCCUGCCCGCGGCCGUCCCAGUAUGGCUCAGGUCUAG